UGUAUAUGUUUAUCAGUUCGUUUUCUCUCAGGUUUUCUCACCAGAGAGUGAUCACGUGAUUGGCUCCUGCGCUCGGCUGCAACAGAAGACUGCAUUCUGAUUGGCUGAAAGUUGUGGGCUGAUGACUGCUGCUUAUACAUAUUCAUGAGGCUCUUUGUGCCGGUCUGAGGUAAAUCCAGAAGAGCCGGGGUUUUCACCAAGCGUGUGUAUGUGUUCCUGUGUUCUUCUGAGAUCACGUUUCCCCCCGUAGGUACGGACUCGGUGGAGAUUAAUGCUGAAAACAUCCAGCAGAGACACGGAGACGCGCGAGAGGAGACGUCCAAAUUAAGGUCAGUGUUAUGCGCGCGCACACCGGACACUGGAGCCGCCGCCGCCGCUGUGCCUGCGCUCGAGACCAUCAUCAUCAACAUCAUCAUCAUCAUCAUCCGGAAUCACGAGUUUGAGAAAAGGAAGAAAAUAAAAGGAGACCGCCGAGUGUGUGUGUGUGUGUGUGAGAGUGUGUGUGUGUUUUUUAAUGGGACGGAAGUAGAUCUCCCCCUGCGGUGUUACUGUCAGUCAGGAUGAUGCAGAUCUGCGACUCGUGCAAUCAGAAGCACUCUCUGUUCAGCGCCAUGACGCGCUUCAUCGGCGCCGUCAACAACAUGGACCAGACGGUGAUGGUGCCCAGCCUGCUCCGGGACGUGCCGCUGGAUGAGGAGGACGCGGACGCGGUGGCGGCGGCGGCGGCGGCGCGAGGCGGGGAGGUGCAGAGCGCGGUGCACCCGGUACCGGCCGCGUACUUCCGCACGGGCGACAUGUACGGCUACUACGUGCUGCUUAAGUCCAUCCGCAACGACAUCGAGUGGGGCGUGCUGCAGGGCGACGAGCGGCGCAAAGACCCCGCGCGCCUCGAGCCGGACGGCGGGGACCUCGAGCAGCUCUUCCGCUUCCACCUGAGCGGGCUGCACGCGGUGCUCGGGGAGCUCACGCGCAAGGCCAACACGCUGACCAACCGGUACAAGCAGGAGAUCGGCAUCGGCGGCUGCGGGAUAUGAACUCACGCACGCACGCACGCACGCACACGCACACUACGCACUUCUCUAACACGCGUUAUUAUUUCUAGAUCAAAGGAAAAAAUAAUCCUUUAUAACUCUUAUUUGUACAGCACAUUUAUUAUUGUUAUUAUUAUUAUACAGUAGUUUUUUGUAGUUGUUGUUGUUAUUGUUGUUGUUGUUGAUGGACUGCAUUAUGAUUUCUUAUGCAGUGUGUGUGAUAUGCGAACUGAGCAAUGACUAUCACUACAGCCACUAAUCACCUUAAAACCAGGCCUUAAAUCAGUGAAGAGGAAUCUGAUGAUCAUUCUGUUCAGGAUGCUGAGUGAUUCCUGGAGAUCAACUCAACUCACCUGUGGGAUGUGGGAUGGGAGGAGGAGGAGGGGGGGGGGGAAUCAUGCU